AUGGAAAACAGAAGCAGCGAACGUAAGACCUCUGAGGAUUGCGAUUUACCAGAAUGGUUCUUGUUAGAGUUGUUAUUUAAACUUCCCUUUGAAGAGACAGCUCCUUUCAUCACCAAGGUUAAUCUAUUUUCCGUAGAGUUCAAGUUUGACGAGGGUCAUAAAGAUGAUGGAAAAAUAAGUGCGAGCCUAAGAUAUCCAGAGCGGCACUUUUUUACACUACCAACCCCUCCUCCCGAAGGUUUAGAUCCAACAAGGACAAUAACAACAACUAUUACAGAAAGAAUAACAAGAAGAUCAUUUUUUACCCUAGCAACCGACAAGGGAUUUCUUGUGCUGCGGGUUUGUCUAUGGACAACCAAAGGGGGCAACGUUCGCUCCGGGUUGACCUUGGUAAUUUUUACGUAUGCAGUGCUACGACGGAUGAGUGGUUUAGCCUACCCUUUUCAUCACAACACAAGCCUGGUUAGGAGGCUUCAAGUCUGUUAUAACCAGUUGGGUUGGCGAAUAGGUUUCAUAACCCAAGUGGAAGCUGGGAUUUUGACUAGUUAUAAGGUCGUAAUACUUGGAGAUUCCCAUGAUUUGGAGUUGUUCUCCUCAGAAACAAGGAGAUGGCAAAAAUUUUACUUUCCUCAUGCUGGAGAAGAUUUGUUUACCACACCGGUUCAUCUGAACAACACUCUCUAUUGGCUUCAUCGUGAAAAUUACGGUGACGACCAUUCUCAAAUCCUGGCUUACAAUCCUACCGAUAUUCGCAUCAUAAAACUUCCCACAAAUGUGGCUAGAUUCUCGGAUUACAUAAUUGGUGUUUGUGAAGGUCGUCUCAAGUAUUGUGAGCAGUUUUCUCAGGACCCAAAUCAAAGAGAUUACAAAUGUUUCAAUGUGUGGGAACUUGGGGAGGAGGACUCCCGCUGGCAAAUGUAAUGUUUUUUGGGGGGACCUGCUUCCGUUUGGGACGGGUUGGGAAUUUUGUUCCGGUGGCCUACAAUAUGCUUACCCACCAAGUGGAACCAGUUCGCCCAUCGUCACCGUUAUCGAUCGACCCUGAUGUGUUUGUUCUGGAGCUUCCACCUUGGCCCGUCUCCAUUCCACCUUCUCUUCUUAUUAAAGAGGGGAUGUGAGACAGCAACAUUGAUAAGUUUAGUUUUCUUCAUGUUCGAUUUCAGUGCUUAAGACUUAUUUAAUUUGCUGCAUAAGUUGUUUCUUCAUAUUCCUGUUGGGAG